AUGGAAGCAACGCGUGUCAGCUUAAGUUCGAAUCCGCGACAGAGUGCCAAUUUCCUCUCGAAACUGACAUUCUGGUGGACGGUGGACAUGUUCCGGAAGGGUUAUAAUCACACGUUUGAAAUCAGUGAUCUUUACACACCGCUGGAGGAAGAUCGUGCUGAUCGGUUAGGUGAUCGUUUGGAGAGACAGUGGAACAGACAGUUAGAGCUGCAAUGUCACACACCGUCCCACACGCCAUCGCUGGUACGUGCCAUCUUUCGAACUCUAUGGAAGGAAUGGCUAACGCUCUCCGUACUGGCUUUACUUGCCGAGGUGGUGCUUCGUCUACUGCAACCAAUUUUUCUCGGGCGCAUGUUACUCUACUUUCGUGAAGGAUCGAACAUGACGCGAGAGGAUGCGCUGUACUACGCAGGCUGUAUGGUGGCAGUGCGUGCAAUCAUCGUCUUGUGUGACAAUCAGUACGGUAUCAUCUCAGUUCUGACGGGUGUGAAGGCCAAGAUUGCCGUAUGUAGUGUGGUGUACCGGAAAUCGCUACGUCUAGCGCGAAAUGCUCUUGGCGACACAUCACCUGGGAAGGUGGUUAAUCUGAUGUCGAACGAUGUGAACCGUUUCGAUAUAGCGUCCUAUCUUGUGUGUUUUAUGUGGACAUCACCACUAGUAAUGCUGCUCGCCGCCGUACUGCUUUGGUAUGAAAUUGGUUGGUCGGGCGUUAUGGGACUGAUCGCGAUCUUCAUCAUUACACCGAUCCAGUCUUAUACCGGCACACUAACGUCACGCUACCGACUACGGACCGCACUAAAAACUGACGAACGCAUCCGUCUGAUGGAUGAAAUCAUAGCCGGCAUCGCGGUCAUCAAGAUGUACGCUUGGGAACGCCCGUUCGCAAAGCUUAUUUCACUGGCUCGCCGUAAAGAAAUGAAGGAGGUACUCAAGAGUGGCUACCUUCGAGCGCUCUAUAUGUCCUUCCAGCUAUUCACGACACGGGCCGCCAUUCUCGGCGUAAUGCUCGCCUUCAUCGCGUUCGAUGAGGAUAUUACUGCGGCGAAAGUGUUCGUUGCGGCAAGCUAUCUAUCUAACGUGUCCUACACUAUGGCGGGUUUGUUUGGGCGAGGAAUCGCCGAACUGGGCGAAGGAUUGGUGGCAACACGUCGCUUACAACGAUUUCUCGAGUAUGACGAGGUGGAAAAUGGAGAGGAUAACGCUACUAACAGCAAACGAUCAAAGGAUGGAAAGGAAAGGGAAAAUGGUAACAUCGGCGAAACGAAACGUUUGUUAGACGAGACCAGCGACGGUCUAUUAGCAGAUGAGGUGGUUAUUGCGAUGCAUAAUCUAAACGCCCGAUGGAUUAUACCGGGUGAUCCGGAUAAAACUGCACCGGAAUCACCGGCCGUGCCAUCAACCCUUUCGCAACUGAACAUACAGUUUAAGCGGGGCUGCCUGAUCGGUAUCGUUGGACCUGUUGGUUCGGGCAAGAGUUCCAUCCUGCAGGUUCUUCUACGAGAGCUACCGGUUGAGAGUGGCAGUCUGAGCAUGGGCAAGUGUUCGAUUGCUUAUGCGAGCCAAGAACCGUGGCUGUUUACUGGUAGUGUGCGGCAGAAUGUACUGUUUGGCGAUGAGCUAGAUCAGUACCGGUACAGACAGGUGUUGAAAGUGUGCGCUCUACAGCCGGAUCUCGCACAUCUGCCCGCCGGUGAUAUGACCGUUAUCGGUGAGCGAGGUGUUUCACUGUCUGGUGGACAAAAAGCACGCAUCUGCUUAGCUAGAGCGGUGUACCGCAAAGCGGACGUGUAUCUAUUCGACGAUCCGCUGAGUGCGGUUGAUGCACAUGUCGCCAAACACCUGUUUGAGCUGUGUAUUGGAAACGGGGGUUUCCUCAAGCGCCGCAAUCCAAAUGCAACUCGUAUCCUGGUAACACAUCAGAUUCACUUCCUAAAGCAAGCGGAUUGGGUGAUCGUUAUGAAGGAGGGCCGCGUGGAAGCACAAGGAACACCACAAGAGCUACAAAAACGUGGCAUUGAGCUGGAGCACAUGGAACAGGGCGAGCCUGAUGAGGACAACAUCACUACCAAUCGUAAGAUUUCGCACACCUCCACUAGCUCCACGGUCACGGUGGAUAGUGUUACGCUGGAGGAACUUACCAGCGGUGACUUAAAGGAGGGAGAUAUCGCCAAAGAAAAAUUUGAAGCGUCAUCACAGGGGACUGUACCAGGGUCGGUAUUUCUGCAAUACGUUUCCGGUGCCGGCAGUUGGAUGAUCUUCGUCGGUUUGGUCCUACUGUUCGCAGUGACGCAGCUCGUAGUUAGUGUAGCCGAUUGGUGGUUAUCUUACUGGACCGCACUGGAGGAGGAAAGACCGAUUGAGACCUUGCAAAGAACUAACCAAACGCAACCAUCAAUUGACGCCGUUCCGAAGCAUCCACUCACCAGGGAUACGUGUGUGCUCGUGCAUGCCACGCUCGUAUGCACCAUCUUUUUCGUGGCAGUACUCCGUGCCUUCGGUUUCUAUAAAACGUGUGCUCGUGCCUCUCAGUCCAUACACGAUACCGUAUUUGCGGGCUUUAUCGGUGCUAAGAUGCGCUUCUUCGAGACGAACCCAUCCGGUCGUAUUCUGAACCGUUUCUCUAAGGAUAUGGGAGCGAUGGACGACAUGCUGCCAAAAUCUAUUCUGGACGCUACCCAAACUCUUCUCAUGUUCGUCGGCGCCAUGAUGGUGGUGGUGUUUGUGCAACCGUUCUUCAUGGUUCCUAUCUUACUGCUGUUUGCCGUGCUUUUGGCCGCAAGGCGAGUUUACCUACGCACGUCGCAGAACACAAGACGCCUUGAGGGAAUAACUCGAUCACCAAUCUUCACUCACAUUGCGGCGACUCUAAACGGGUUGCCAACGAUACGAUCCUACGGUGUGCAGCAGUUGCUCAUACAGGAGUUCGACACGCAUCAAAACGUGAACACAGGCGCAUACUUUAUGUUUCAUUCGGCGCGUAUCGCCUUCGGAUUGUUUCUGGACGGUAUCUUCUUUCUGUUUCUCACGAUCGUGACCUUCAGCUAUCUAACGCUCGAUGACGAUGCGACGGGGGCACGGGUCGGUCUUGCCAUCACACAGAUCGGCAGCAUUGGCAGCCAGCUACAGUUCGGCAUUCGACAAAGUGCGGAAAUGUUUAACCAUCUCAUAGCGGUGGAACGAUUGCUCGAGUAUCGGGAACUACCCGCUGAGCGUCAAGAGCUAUCGGAAAGUGGAAAAAAGCAACCAGCUCAUAUCGUACCAAUUCCUACCGUGCCGAUCCCUGCCGACUGGCCGCAGAAGGGUAGCAUAGAGUUUAAGAACGUGUGCUUUCGUUACGCGGAUAACGAUGUGACGGUGCUGCACGAUCUCUCAUUUACAAUCGAACCGCGGGAAAAGGUAGGCAUUGUAGGGCGUACCGGUGCCGGUAAAUCGUCGAUUAUCGCUGCCAUAUUUCGCAUGGCGCUAGUCGAAGGUGACAUACUGAUUGAUGGCACGGAUACUGCCAACGUGCCACUGGAAACGCUCCGUUCGCACAUAUCAAUCAUACCGCAAGAUCCGGUGCUGUUUUCUGGCACACUGCGCCGUAAUCUGGAUCCGUUCGAAACCUACGCCGAUGAGGCACUGUGGCGUGCCCUCGAGCUGGUAGAAUUGCGCGAACUUGCCAGUGAAUCAUCUGCCGGGCUGGGCCUGCAAGCGUAUGUUGCUGCCGGUGGGCAGAACUUUAGCGUCGGCCAGCGGCAACUGCUUUGUCUCGCCCGUGCCAUUCUGCGCGGUAAUCGUAUUCUGGUGCUCGACGAAGCGACGGCCAACGUUGACCCUGAUACGGACCGAUUAAUUCAGCGCACCAUUCGGGAACAGUUUGUUAACUGUACUGUGCUUACGAUCGCGCACCGACUCAACACGAUCAUGGACUAUGAUCGAGUGCUGGUGAUGAGCGAAGGUACGUCUGUCGAGUUUGGCCGACCCGUUGAAUUACUGGAACGGACGGAUGGUGCCUUCCGUAGUAUAGUUCUCGCGACCGGUCGAGAUGAGGCAGAGAAUCUGAUUAAAAUGGUUCACAAUCUGCGAUCGAGUACAGCAAAGCAAUAG